CCUCACAACUACCGCUUCCUUUGGCACUCGAGGGCCUCUCUUCAGGAUUUCUCGUUGUAAUUUCAUUUAAUUAAAUUUAAUAAAGCCCCAAAUACCACACAAUGUCAACGACGGACAUGUCCUCGUCAGCCCCACCUUCACCUCCCAACCCUUCCCCCACCGCCCAGUCCAGUGACACUCAGCUGCUGCCCGGACGGAGCCGCGAAGACUCAGAUGCCUGCAAGAUUAUUGAUCCAGAAAUGCUAUCAGAUGACUCCAAGCAACCACAGUGGAACUUUACAGACAGGUUUGAAGAAGAUGAUGCUGAGCAAGACCUUCUCUUGUCAAAACCUGAGUGUUUCAUCAUUGUGGGAAAACCAAGUGUUGGAAAAUCUGUUCUAGCUAAAAGCAUAGCAAAAGCAUGGGGAUGUAAAUUAAUUGAAGCUAGUCAAAUUUUACAAGAGACUCUCUAUUCAAACACAGAACUUGGACGGAAGCUUCAGAAGAUACUAAAUAUGGGUGGACGCAUUUCUGAGGAAAUUAUGAUAAAUUUAAUUUUAGAUAAACUCAACUCUGAAGAAAUUGAUCAUUAUGGGUAUGUUAUGUCUGGAAUCCCUUCUGCAUCUGAGGAGUACCUGACAAUUGCUGAACAAAUAGAGCUCAUAAAAAAUCUGAAAUUAAAUCCUGACUUCAUCAUCAAUAUUAAGUGCCCAGAUUAUGAUUUGCGUGAACGAAUUUCUGGACAACGUCAAGACCCUAUCCAUGGACGUUUGUUACAGAAAGAACAAUGGAAUCCAGAUAAGGAGAAAAAAAAGAAAAAAGAAGAUAUUAUUUAUGGAGAGGAGGAAGAGGAAGAAGAAAUUGAAGUUAUUGAAGAGGAGGAAGAAUUGGAUUUAAAUGAGGAUACCCUAAAUCGUUUAGUGAUGAGACCCGAAGAUUUUCCAGGAAGUGUUGAUAAUGAUGUAGCAUUCUACAAAAACAAUAUGUUGAGGCUGUUAGAGGAUUAUAUGGCAGAUCAAGAUCCUCAUCAUCUGAUAGAAUUGGAUGGAAACAAAAAACCAAGGGAGCUAUUUCUGUCAUUGAAGAGUCGAUUGGAGUUCAUGGGUCUACAGCCUACGGCCGUACCAGUUUUGCUACACGACGUUCAAGAGGAAGAAGAAAUAAUAGAAGCUGAAGAUGAUGAUCUGUUCAGAGGCCUUUCAGCAAUGCAACGUGUAGCACCUAGAUACCGCUGGCGCAGAAGCAAAUGGGGUCGAGCCUGUCCUGUUGCUUUAUCUCAAGGCAACGUCGUGAUGGGAAAAUCACAAUUUGCUGUUAGAUUUUUGGAUAAAAUGUACGUGCUUUCAACUGAAGACGCACUACAGGCAUUUCUCACCAACCCUCGUCCAUAUCUUAGCGCUCCACAACCUCGUCCACCUUGUAAAGUUUUAGUUUUAGGUCCACCGUCUUCAGGGAAGACCACUCUCGCCCAUCUAAUUGCUCAGAAAUAUGACGGAAAGGUUCUAGACAUGUCCAAACUUAUUCAGCCAAAAAUAGUAGAACAGAAGGAAAAAACAAUUGAAAAGGUUCAGAGAGAGGCGACGGAAUCAGCAAUAGUCAGCAUUAAAUUGAAAUUGGAACAAGAAUUGUUGGAACAAGGAAUAGCUGAAUUGGAAACUCAAGCAAUUCGAGACGAAGCUCUCUUGAAUCUGGAUAUACCUGAAGAAGAUGAAACUGAAGUAGACCAGAUAGAAGCUGAGAGUAAAGAAGUUGAAGAACAAGACAGUCAGUCAAAAACCGUCGAGAAGCAUAAUGUUGCAGAAGAGCAGCAAAUACAGAAGACAGAAGGAGAAUUAACACCAUCUGACAUAGAAGCCAUUGAAGCUGUUGAAGGUGAAGCUGUUGAAGGUCAAGACGCAGAAGCAAAAGGUGCAGAAGAGGAAAUUAGUGAAGAUCAGCAAGUGCAAAAGAAACCAUAUAAACCAUCACUUCAAGAGAUAGAAGCUAUAAAAGCAAAUAUAAUAGUACCAGAGGUGUUUGAGGAUGACUCUCGGGUACAAGAAAUAGUGGAAGAAGCUAUCCAAGCUGCAUUGCUAAUUCCUAUUGUGUUUCCAACUGAUACCUACACUGAAGUAUUGGAAAAAGCUAUAUCAGAGAUUUCUGAGGAACGUAAAAAAACAAACACGCAAGCUCCUGAAGCAGGCGGCUGGGUGCUGGAAAAUUUUCCACAAACAAUAGAUGAAUGUAGAACUUUGCUACACUUGGGUUUUGGCCCUGAUACUAUUUUCUUCUUAAAUAACAAUGAGGAGGAAGGAAAAUUCCUCCUAUCCAGAAUGUACAAUUUAAAUAAAGUUGAUAUUGAUACCAAGAUUCUACAAAGACUUCAAGAAGAACGAGAUCGAAAGAAACGUGAACAAGAGGAGAUAAGGCAAGCCCAGUUAGAAGCUUUAAGGCUAAAACAAGAACAAGAGAGGGCCAUGUUGGAGUACGCUGAAGCUGCAAUGGAAGAAGAAAUGGAUGAAGAGAGUCAAUCUAAAACAGAACUACAAAUGCCUGAUUCACAGAACAUAGCUGAAACACUGUCUGGUCAGGAAAAUACGCCUGAAGAAGAAGCUGAAACUGAAUUUGAAACCGAAUCUGAAUCUGAAGUUGAAACUGAAUCUGAAGCCGAAGCAAAAUCUGAGGUAAUACCUGAAACAAAAACAGGAGCCGAAUCCAAAACUGAAUCGGAAGUACAAUCCAAAGCUGAAGCAGAGCCAGAGUUAACACCAGAAGCAGAAGUGAAAUCAGAAGCUGAAUCAAAACCCGAGGGGCAACUAGAACUAGAUUCUGAAACUAAAGCGGAAGUUGAAAUUGAAGCUGAAACUGAAGCAGAAGGAGAACAUGAUCCAGAAUCUGAAGCAAAAACUGAACCUGAGCCUGAACCUGAGCCUGAACCUGAGCCUGAACCUGAGCCUGAACCUGCGCCUGAACCUGAACCAGAAAUCACAUUGCCUGUGGUUCCAGAAGGAGGUUAUCCAGAUGCCCCAGAAAUGGAUCAAUAUAGCAAAAGGAUCUCAAGUUACAUGCUUGAGUGGCGUACAUUGGAAUCAUCAAUUUCAGGGUUUGCCGCAACAAAAUAUUCAGCACUAGAGAUUGCUGGAAAGACUCCGGAAGCCUUGCUGGAAGAAGCUGUUGGUACUAUGGAGAAAUCUUUCAAGUACAAUGGAUGGGAAGUGACUGCAUUGGAUCUUGAUGAAGAAGAUGAAGAUGCAGAAGCAGAAGCAGAGGAAGAGGAAGAUGAAGAGGAAGAAACUGUGGAAGAAGAGGAAGGGGAGGAGGAGGAGGAAGAAGACACGGAAGGGUUAGCUCGUGAAAAGAAAAGACAAAUGGGAGACUGCAAACAUUACUGCCCUGUGGCUUUAAAGGAAAAAUUUGUUCUUUUCCCUGGCAACAAAGAUUGUAGUGCUAAAUAUCGAGAAAAAUACUAUUAUUUUUCCAAUCAAGAUGCCAGAGAGACAUUUGUAAAAGAUCCAGAGAAAUAUACAUGUAAUAAAGAACCUUUAAAGAUACCUCCACUGAGGUUGAUUGUAAUUGGUGCUCGAGGUUCUGGCAAAACAAUGAAUAGUAGAUGGCUAGCAGACAAAUUAGGGAUCUUUCAUAUUCAGUUCAAAGAUCAUCUACAGGAGCUUAUUUUUUCUAAAACUAAAAGAAAAAUAGGACCAGAAUAUGAGGAAGAACCAACAGAAGAAGAGAUGGCUGAGAUAGAAACCAUCAAGGCUCUUGAAAAGGGAGAACUACCUGAAAAAUCUACUGAGGAACCAGAAGUAGAAAAGGAAGAAAUAUUUACCAUUGAGGAGGAAGCAAUCAAAUUAUUCCUAACUGAAGAUGAACCACUGCCAUCAGAGGUGCUUGACAGCAUCAUUCCAAAAUGGUGGAAUGAAGAACCUUUCAAAUCCAAAGGAUUUGUACUGGAUGGUUUCUUCCAUACAGCUGACGAUGUUCAGUAUCUGGCAGAGCGUGGCUUGUUCCCAGAUGCAACGAUCCAAAUAAAGGUUCAUGAUAAUGAUGUAAUACAUCGGCUUUUUCCACCACAACUAGUGAAAUGGAAAGAAAAGAGGAAUAUAAAGCUUACGCGCAAGAAAAAAAUAAAAGAACUGAAGAAAAAAUUAAGGAAUGAGCAGAUUGCUAAAAGAAGAGAACAACUUUUGGAAGAACGACUAGAAAGGAAAAAACAGAAACAGGUACGAAAAUCAGAUGAAAGUGAUAUAAGUGACGAAGAUGAGGAUGAUGAAGACGACAAUAUUGAGCUUUUACUAGCAGAGGAGUUUGCAGAGGAGGAAGAGGAGUUGGAGGAAGAAGAUGAAGAUGAGCAUGAUGCCACUGACCGACUGCAGACUGAAAUUGGAGAAAAAUUUGAAGCAGAUGAGGAAAAGAUAGAGUCAGUUAAGGAAAACCUAAAGGAGAUUUUGAUACCAUUCAUUGGUGUAAAUGGAGCUCGUAAGCCUCAUAUUGUACACUACAAGUUGUAUAAUAAAGUGAAACCAAUGGUGGAAAAUCGUCUCAGUCUGUUUGAGAAAUGUUACCCAAUAAGUACAGCUCUUGCUCGCAAGAUGGCAAAUGUAUCAUACAAGAAACUAAGUAGUUUUGGCCUCUGGGAUGUUGUUGAGUUAAGCGAAGGGAGUGCAAUUCAACCUGUGCAGGAUCUUCACAAACGCAUCUAUUCUGUUUUACACAGAAAGUACAUUUAUUUCUUUUCAAACAAGCAGACCAGAGACAAAUUUAUUGCUAAUCCUUUCAAGUAUCUCUCCCAGUCUAAACCCAAACCCGUUGUUCCAUUUAAGAUUGCCGUUCUAGGACCACCAAAGUCUGGAAAGUCCACUGUUGCCAGAAGGCUUGCAAAUGAAUAUGGAUUGCAGCGCAUUUCAGCGGGAGAAGCUGUACGUACAGUCCUGGUCACUCAGAAGAAGACAUUCUUGGCUUUGCAGAUUAAUAAACAUCUCAAAAAAGGGUUGACUGUGCCAGAUGAACUCGUUGUCCAGUGCAUAGAGGUGCUCCUAAUGGAUAUUUUGUGCAACACUAGGGGAUAUGUUCUAGAUGGGUACCCAGUAACCCGACGACAAGUAGAACUAUUGGAAGCUCGAAAUAUAAUACCAUUCAAAAUUAUAGAGUUGCAAGUCGACUUAAGAGAGAUUUUGAAGAGAGGAAUUUUGAGUAGGAAGUCACCUUACAGAACUUAUCCCCUGCAUGACAGUUCUCAAAUUUUAACUGUUCGGAAUUCAUCUUAUCGUCAUGAGAUUAGUGCAAUCUGGGAAUAUUACCAUCAAAGGCAUCAAAACUGGCAUAUUAUUUAUGGCCAAAAUAGCAAGUGGUCUGUGUGGAAUAAAGUUGUAGAAGAAUCUAGAUCCAGUGUGAAACAUGUUCAAUCAUAUCUGGAGAAAAUAAAAGAAGAUAAAGCUGCCAGUGUUGCGAACUUGUGUAUCACACCCAAGGAGCUACAGGCACGGCUAGGAGAGUUUCAGCAGUACUGUCCUGUCAGCUUGUUAUUACGAGGGGAACUUGUAGACCUCUCAGGCAAUCCAUCCCUUGAAUUUGCAGCAGAGUUCCGAGGACACUACUAUAAAAUGGCUUCAAAGGAGGACCUAGAUAAAUUUCUAGAGGAACCAGAGAUUUUUGUAGCUCCAUUGGCUUCUAAUAUUCUUCCAAGUCCUUUUGAGUUACCUCGGAAACUUACUGUAGCUGAAGUGAAGGCAAGGUUUCCUCAACAAGCAGAAAUGAAGGGCUACUGUGCAGUUACAUUCCUGGAAGGGAAUCAGAGAUAUGAAGCCCUCAUCCCAGGAAACAUUGACUUUGCUGUUGAAUACAAGGAGAAAAUAUAUAUUUUUCAGGACGAGGAACAUCUUGAGAAAUUCAUGCGUUUGCCUGAGAAAUACUGGGACCUGAAGCUUCCAAAUAAACUUCCACCAGUGAAAGAGCCAAUACUUCUCACUUCACUUCCCAUGCUUGGAUACAUGGAACAAGGUGUAGCUGUGUCAAUAAUCAAAGCAUUGACCGCUGUAGGCUGUUUGAAGCCUAAGUAUCCGUUCUUAAAUGUGAAGAGAUCUGCACUUCUCUAUAUUGCUUUUCAUUUGAAAGCAUACAACCCAAAAAGCUUUGAAUUCCUGCGAAACAAAUACAAAAAGAAGCUGGAGCAGUAUGAGGAAAACUGUGAACUUAUCGCUUACUUGGGAUCAAAGAUGACUCAAAAAUAUAGAGAACCUAAAGACAGACCCAUUGACUUUGAUUACAAAUUACAAAAAUUUCUAUCUCUCAAACAUGUUGAACCUUCGAUUUUUUAGAUUUGUAAUGUAUAACUACCACAAUUUUUUUAAAUGAACUCUCUUUUAGGCCAUAGUUCUAAGAUUUCUGACAAAUUAUUCAAUGGUUAAUGUUAUGUUAUUAAUUAUUGAAUUCUGUUUUACGUUAAGAAAUUUUUAAUAAUAUUUUUGUUUUGUUUAUUGUUCUCAUGCCACACACCAAUUUAUAGUAAACUGCAACCAGACUUUUGUCAAUGCCAUUGAUGAAUACAAAUUUAAGUACACACAAGCAGUAAGAGGUAGUUUUGUUCUUUUCCCUCUCCCUUCUGCUAAGCAGGUAGCCAAUCACCACUAGCAAAGAUCUGGUCCGAAGUGACUAGCCUAGCUAGACUGGUCCAAAUUUACAAUGCACAAUUUUUUUAUCAUUUCAAAGAUAAUACAUUAGUAUGUCAGUGUCUUUCACCACAAUAUCGCCUCCAGUAUAAACUCUAAUAUGUUUACUGGUUUUAAAAUCCUUCAUUCAGGUACCAACAAUUACACUUUGCUGCUUCAGUCUGAUUUACUACCUUGUUAGAAAAUAAGUUGUAUUUAUGAUUAACAAUUAAUGUUUCUUUAGAAGUUUAGAAAAAUAUUAAUUGCUUUUUGUUUAUGACUUUACUAUACAUGGAGAUGAUAAUAAAA